ACGAGGCGACGCUGGUGAACCAUGAUGAGGGAAAGUUCAAUUCUGCAACACACCAAAUUUCCCGGCUAUAUAAGCAAGAAUCAUACUAUUCGUACUCAUUACUGUUGCUUGUUCUCAGAUGAGAUGAAUCAAUGGCCUUUUUGCGACGAGCAAUCCUACCUGACCCUGUCUGACUGGUUGCAAUGCGCGCAAGAUACCUCCCCCACUGCAAAACAAAGCAGGGCGGACUGUCAUUGAUCGGAUUGAUUGCCAGCUGUUCAACGGAGGGGCGUUUGAUUCUUGCUUCCGCUUUUACCUUUCUCCUCCGCAGGCACCUUGUCGCGCUAUCUUGCUCCCUUGCGACCGGUCUCGAGUCGCCACUCACACAAUGAAUUAUCUGUCGCAAUCGCCAAUUUUCCGUAUUUUGUGCUCUACCGGGACAUACCUGAAG